AUGGCUCAACAUAACUACAUGUCCUCAAUCUUAUUGCUUGCAUUUAUCUACUUCAUGCAUGACAACAUGAUAACUACUACAAGUGCACGUCAUAUUCUACAGACCUCUAGUUUCUCAAAGCCUGAAACACCUAGUUUCUCAAAGCCCGAGACUUUCUCUUUCUCAAAGCCACAGAAACCUUCUUUCUCAAAGCCCAAAACCACUAGUCUUUCAAAGCCCGAGACCCCUACUUUCUCUAAGCCCAAGAUCCCUAGUUUCACAAAGCCCAAGACCCCUAGUUUUUCAAAGCACCAAACCCCUAGUUCCUCAAAGUCAGAGACCCCUUCUUUUUCAAAGCCAGAAAAACCAUCUUUGUCAAAGCCGGAGAUCCCUUCUUUCUCAAAGCCACAGAAACCUUCUUUCUCAAAGCCCGAGACCCCUUCUUUCUCAAAACCCGAGACUCCUACUUUCACAAAGCCUAAGACACCUAGUUUCUUAAAGCCUGAUACCCCUAGUUUCUCAAAGCCCGAGAUUCCUUCUUUCUCAAAUCCCCAUACUCCUACUUCCUCAAAGCCGGAGAUCCCUUCUUUCUCAAAGCCAGAGAAACCUUCUUUUUCAAAGCCAGAGACCCCUAGUUUUUCAAAGCCCGAAAUACCUUCUUUCUCAAAACCCAAGACCCUUUUUUUCUCAAAGCCCGAGACUCCUAGUUUUUCAAAGCCCCAGACCCCUAGUUUAUCAAAGCCCCUAGCCGCUAGCUUUUCAAAGACCCAAACUCCAAGCUUUUCAAAGCCCCAAUCCCCUUCGAUCUCAAAUCCCUAG